GGAGGGCGUUGCGGCGUGUGUGGAGCGGGAACUUGUGUAACGCGCGGGUGCCGGCCUUCCGCCGCUUCCUCUUUCUCCUGGCGAGGCCGGUGGCCAGAGGUCAGUGACGACGAGUGCCGGCCGGACGGCCGGGCUCGGCGCCAUGAUGCGGCGCACGAAGCCCGAGGUGGAGAGAUACGUCGCCUCCGUGCAGGCCGCCGCCUCCUCUCCUAGAGAGAGAUCGUUGAAAGGAUUCCUUUUUGCUAAGCUGUAUUUUGAAAUAGAAGAAUAUGAACUCGCUAAAAGAUAUCUAUCUAUCUAUCUCAGCGUCCAAGAGAGAGAUCCCAAAGCUCACAGGUUUCUGGGACAGAUCUAUGAAGCUCAGGAUAACAUAGAAAAAGCUUUUGGGUGUUACAAGCGUUCCGUGGAGCUGAAUCCAGUGCAGAAAGAUCUUGUACUGAAGAUGGCGGAGUUGCUGUGCAGUAACGACAUCACUGACGGAAGAGCCAAGUACUGGGUUGAGAAAGCUGCCGGGCUCUUCCCUGGGAAUCCUGCUGCUUACAGAUUGAAGGAGCAGUUACUGGAGCGUGAAGGUGAAGAUGGAUGGAAUCAGCUCUUAGAUAUGAUUCAAACAGAACUCUGUGCAAGACCGGACGAUAUCUACCUUAACAUCAGACUGGUUGCUCUCUACCGUUCAAAUAAUAGACUGAGAGAUGCUGUGCUUCACUGUCAGGAGGCGGAGAAGAAAAUACCUGUAGACUCAAGCUUGGAGUGGUGUUCAUGCGUCGUAAAGACGUUGGAGGAAUACCUUGAAUCAGCACGAGACUUGGAGCCUGAUAAAAAUAAUUGGAGAGCUGUCAAGAAAGAUCAUCUGCUGGCCUAUUCUAGCUUGGUUAAAUUGACGCUCGCUUCUAGAGAUGUUUGCGAAAGCAGAGGGGCACUUGAAAGUUUUGAUCGCGUGCUUCACUCUGUGAAACCAUACGUGAAUGGACCUGAUGAGCUGUCCCGUACCUUCCUUGAGAUGAAAGGACACUUCUACAUGCAUGCUGGAACUUUCCUGCUGAAAAUGGCCCAGAACAACGAGGCACGAUGGAGAGAUGCACGUGAACUCGCAGCGCUGUGUUAUUUGAAAAGUUUCUAUAUUCCUAAACCAGAGUCAAAACUAAUAGAGGGAGACGCUAGUGGACAAGAUAUGCUGGAGAUGUUGGCCUGUGACCGAAAAAGCCAGUCUGGUCACAUGUUGCUGAACUUAAGCCACGGCAAGGCAGACUUCUUGAAAGAGAUUGUGGAAUCUUUUGCAAACAAAAGUGGCUUAUUUACAUUGUUUGAAAGCCUCUUUGGGAGCGGAGCUUCUCGAGAGAGAUCUUUCCUCGGCACAGAUGAUAUGGGAGAUGUCAGUACACAAGCACCAGCGCAAGGAGAACUGAGUAAAUACGAUAUUGGUGCUGUUCGAAUGCACUGUGGUAGUCUCCAGCACCUUGUGUGGCUUGGCUUGCAGUGGAAUUCUAUGUCAGUGUUAUUCCCACUGCGUAAAUUAUUGAAACAGCUUUUUCACUUGCCCCAAGAGACAUCAAGACUUGAAACAGAUGCUCCCGAAUCCAUUUGCCUGUUGGACCUUGAAGUUUUUUUACUCGGGAUGGUGUUCACCUGCAACUUACAAUUGCAAGAGAAGUGUACUACUCACGAUGGCACACAUCAGCCUCCUUUCUUACCGUUGCUGCUGUGCAAACAGUACUCUACUGAGAGGCAGAGAUCCUGGUGGGAUGCUGUUCGUACUCUUACGCAGAAAAAAACAACACUGGACUCGGCACCAAAACUGAAGCUGCUUGUACAGCGUGGCUUAAGUACUCUGCGAGCCCGGGAGAAACACGGCCUUCAGCCUGCCUUAAUGAUACACUGGGCAAGAAGCCUGCAAAAAGCAGGCAUUAGCCUUAACUCCCGUGACCAGAAAGAAUACACUAGAAGAAGUGUGUACUACUGGAGGAAAACCUUGCUUAGUUUGAAAACUAUCACGAAGCACCAAAGUAUUCCAGAACCUACUGAUCGUCUCUUCAAACAUUUCGGUAGUGUGGACAUUCAGGUCUUUGAGGUGGCAGCCUAUGAAGAAGAGGCACAUGUGGCGAUUGCAAUGUUGGAUGCAGUUGAAGGCAAAACUGACGAUGCUUUGUUGUCCUUUGAAGCUAUUAAGAACGUGGUUGCAUACUGGAAUCUUGCCGUACUUUGCCAAAGAAAGGCAGAGGAGCUUGAGAAGGAUGAUAUGUUGCCAGAAGAACAAGAAGAACGCAAAACCUAUCUUCUGAAAAGAAAGCAUUACUUGAUGAAGAUCAUUGAUGAAAGCUCCUCUGAUCCGUCAGUAGCUGACAAACUGCCGGUAUCUGUUAAAACUGUAACGGAGAUGCUGAACGCAGUGAUCCAGGAGCUUGGAGAGAAUGAGGAGAAGCAAAGUCUUGCCUCCAGAAAUAUCGCACAAGCUGCACACCUGGAAGUAAAAUAUUCAGUUCCAUCACCUAAGAAGUUACCUUUCUCACCAACUAAUACCUACGAGUUUUCCUCUAAGACUCUCCUCCAGUGGGCCGAAGAUCAGAAGUCCUUACUUCUAAAGCUGUGUCAGCAAGUGGAAGCUUUAAAGAAUGAAAUGCGAGAAAUGAACCGUAGUAGAUCCAGUGCAAGUGUGUCAUCUCAUCAGUGGCCUGCUGAAAGCUUUGGAACUGAUACUAUGUCAGAUGGCUGUGAGAGAGCACGAGAUCUUCACGAAGCUCCUUUAACACCUAAGUCGCUGCUGACUCCAAGCACUGGAACUGCUGAAGAGACGACAAAUCAAGAUAUCAAGGAGACUUGCGGGCCCGCAUCAGGGAUGUUGAACUCCGUAUUUCCGUUCUCAAAAGACAGUGUGACCCACGCAUCCGAUACUAGCGGCAGUUUUACAUCACCUGCCUUUACCACUUCUUCAUGUGGAAAGGAAGCCGUACCAACCUAUUCCUCUGGUGGGUUUGGGCAGUCUUCCUUGAAGAAGAAUCAGUGGGAGUGUCAAGUAUGUUUAGUUCAGAACGAAUCAACUGCAAGGAACUGUGCCUCUUGCCAAAGCCCAAAUCCAGAUACGUGGGAAACACGUGGCGUCCGAGUAACUGAAUCUGCUGCAAGUUUGAAAGCCAAUGGUAGUGCCGCACAGGAAAAAUUUGGAUCCGCCUUUGCUGAAAAGGAAAGUCAGGGGGACGGUAAGAUCUGUUUAGUAAGAAAUGAACCCACAGCCCGAAGAGGUGUUGCCUGGCAGAAUCCAAGCAAAACUAAUUCAGAAGCAUCUCCUCAGCAAUUCUCCUUUAAACUUGAAGGGAAGACGCCAGCGUUUACAUCUCAGAAUCCUGCAGAUGCUGAAGUGAAGCCUGCCGAGGAAGGAUGUAACUUUUCAGCGUUGAUGCCUCCGAGUGCAUUUAAAUGUGGCCUACAGGAAUCCAAUAAAAAUACCGCUAAGAAAGAUGGUCCACCCAAAGAGUGUACAACAGACUUGAGAAACGUGGAUGAAAAGGACAAAAAUGAACUGCCUUCAAGUAGUGGAGCUAGACUCCAAUCUCAAGAAACAGCAGGCAAGGGCAAAGACGAGUUUACUUUUGGCCAAAACAGCCAUAGCGCUGUUACUUUUGCUGAUCCUGCAAAAGGUACACCCGGUGAAGGCUCUCAGUUUGGCAGAACAGACCCUAACUUUGAAGGCUUUUCAGGUGCUCCGGAUGCCACUGUAGAAGCUUUACAGGUAUCGAGCACCUGUGACACUCCAACAACAACGGUGAUUUCUCCUCCAAAGUUUGUAUUUGGAUCUGAACCUGUCACGAGCAUUUUCAAUAACGAAACGUCAAAGACGUUCGCAUUGGGAAAUACUUCAGCCCCCGGUUCCUUCUUUGGAUUCAACUUCGGUCUUCCAAGGAAAAGCAUAGACAGUCCUUCAUCAGCUCAGAAAACAGUGCGGGAAAAGGCAAGAGUAGAAAAAAACAGAAAAAACCAGAAAAAACCACCAAAAAGCUGUAGCGCACAUCAGCACAGCAAGGCAACCAGCAUGGCUCCUGCUGCCCAAGAUGGGCCCUCCGACUUCUCAUUUAAAACUCUGGAACAAGCCAGUGCAUCUCCUCGUGCUAAGAACGCUGUGGCUGCACUGCAAGCAACUACCAGGGAAACACCUGACCUAAGCCGCGGUGAUAAAGCCUGUGGGGCCACCGUGAAAGCUCUCGCCUCUGAAUCACCAACAAAAUCAGUGGUUUCUCCUCCAAAGUUUGUGUUUCAAUCCGAGUCCGUAAAGAGCGUUUUCAGCAAUGAGAAGACAUUCCCAUUUGGGAAUACUGCAGCCCCCGGCUCCCUGUUUGGAGCCAGCUUCAACCCUGCAAUAAAGAGCUCAGACGGCAUUUCAUCACGGCGGAAAGCAGAGGAGAAACACCUGGGAGUAGCGGAACCACCCAAAAGCAGGAGUGCGCGUCAGGACAGCAAGGCAGCCAACAUGGCUCCUGCAGCACGAGGUGGGCCCUCCAACUUCUCCUUCAAAAUUCCGGAACAAGAUGAAGACUAUGAAACAGCAGCUAAGAAACAUCACGGCAGACUGUAUCCCAGCGAUGAAAAGGAAAGAAGGCAAUGGCAAGCCAGUGCAUCUCCUCGUGCUAAGAACGCUGUGGCUGCACUGCAAGCAACUACCAGGGAAACACCUGACCUAAGCCGCGGUGAUAAAGCCUGUGGGGCCACCGUGAAAGCUCUCGCCUCUGAAUCACCAACAAAAUCAGUGGUUUCUCCUCCAAAGUUUGUGUUUCAAUCCGAGUCCGUAAAGAGCGUUUUCAGCAAUGAGAAGACAUUCCCAUUUGGGAAUACUGCAGCCCCCGGCUCCCUGUUUGGAGCCAGCUUCAACCCUGCAAUAAAGAGCUCAGACGGCAUUUCAUCACGGCGGAAAGCAGAGGAGAAACACCUGGGAGUAGCGGAACCACCCAAAAGCAGGAGUGCGCGUCAGGACAGCAAGGCAGCCAACAUGGCUCCUGCAGCACGAGGUGGGCCCUCCAACUUCUCCUUCAAAAUUCCGGAACAAGACAUCUCUGCCGUCCUUGCCAUAACAGGGAAAAAGCCAGAGGCCUGGGAAAGGACGUUUGCCAGAAGUGCCAUGCUGUUAUUGACGAACAACCUCUCAUUUUCAAAACUGAUCCUUAUCGCCCUGAUCGCUUCAACUGUGCAAACUGCGGGAAGGAACUUACUGCUGAUGCUCGUGAGCUGAAGGGAGAAUUGUAUUGUUUACCCUGCCAUGGCAAAAUGGGCGUCCCCACCCGUGGAGCAUGUAGAAGACCAAUUGAAGGACGUGUGGUGAAUGCUAUGGGCAAACAGUGGCACGUGGAGCAUUUUGUUUGUGCCAAAUGUGAAAAGCCAUUCCUGGGUCACCGUCAUUAUGAGAGAAAAGGCCUGGCAUAUUGUGAGACCCACUACAAUCAGAAACUUACUUCACCUGUGAGCAUAGAGCUAAUUAGCAGGCAUUCCCCUGCGGUCAGUCUUUAUGGGCUUCUCUAUAGGUAAGUUUUGCAUUGAAAGAAGAGAACUGCAGUAAUUCACAAAGGAUAGCUGGGCUAAUCAGAAUCUAGUUGUCCUUCAAGCUUAGCGUUGCUUACGUGGAGCUGCUUCAGGCUGUUACACAUCUGUAAGAUCAGAGGAGCUAAUGACACCCAGUUUUCCCCAAGCACAUAAAGAUGAUUAUUACAGGUAGAAUAGUUUGCAGCAGGCUCUGUCCGGGUGAGAGCUUUGCAGGUUUUAAAGGGGGUCACAUGUAGCUCACUGCCAAAGGAUAGAGAAGGGAAGGACAGAAUGGCUUAAAAGCAAAAACUUUUGAGCAUCUCAACCAAUUCGCACCACUUAUUUUCAGAGACAGGUGAAAAAAAAUCUGCUAUAGUUGAAAAAAAUGGAAUGAACGGAUGCAGUUAAUAAUCUAGGAAACAAUGACUCAUUAAUUAAAUUAGGGAUCAGAGUUCUUGAAACACUGUGUGAGGAAUUAAAAAUUGGUCUGAUGGAUGGCAUUAAACAUCAGACAAUUAGGAUCACAUUUGACAGAAAUAAGGUCUAGCAAAGAAGUGUAAAGUUUAUAAAGGAUAAUGCCGUAGUUUCUAGAAAUGUUUGCACUUCAGUGGAUGUUCCUAGUAAAGUCCAUGUGGCGGAUGGGAUGCUGUCAGCAGAGACAAGUUUGAAAUUUGUAAGAGUUCAUUUUCAAGAUUGCUACAACCUGUCUCUGCUAAAACACUUCCUUUGCCAACUAGCUGAACUUCUACCAAUAGUUUCUUACCUGUCUCAAAGUCUUUGUUGCCCUUUCAUAUAAAAAUGGAGAGCCAACAUCCAUAGACUUGGAGGACUGUUUGCAUUAUGACCAAAACAUACUUAGUAAAAAUGUUCACAAGCAGCAUACUAGACUUCUUCAUCUUGUGAGCAAGUUUGGAAGGAAAGCUCUU